AUGGCUCCGUCCCAGGAUUUUGCAUCUCACCAGACUAGCUCUAGCAGUUUACCAAGUUCGGUGCCAGUGCUCAUUGUGGGCGGAGGUCCGACUGGUUUAUUGCAGGCUCUCCUUCUCUCUCGACUCGGAGUUCAAUCUUUGAUCAUCGAGCGUUAUCCCGAGCGUUUGGCUGCCCCCAAAGCUCACGCGAUCAAUCCCCGCUCCUUGGAAAUCCUGCGUCAAUUUGACUUGGGAGAGAAGCGUGUGCGUCAGCUAGGCACUUCGCGAGAUGACAGCUCCUCGGUCAACUUUCUCACCAAUCUUUGCGAGGAAGCGAUCGGCCAACUCCCGUAUGAGCGCAUGGAUCCUGCGGUCUUGGAUGACACGCCAGAGAUGAUUCACAAUAUACCCCAACCCGUCCUCGAGCAAGAAUUGUCCAAUUCUAUUGCAAAGGAUCCUAACAUCACUUUGGUUAAGGGAUUCAGCAUUCAUGCCGUGGAACAAACUGAAAAUGAAGUCGUAUCAACAAUUGAGGAACGGUCAACUGGACAACUCCAUCAAACAAAGUCCCGUCACCUCAUAGCUUGUGAUGGUCGUAGAAGCAAAGUCCGUGAGCUCCUGGGUAUUGAGUCUGAGAGCGAAGACUCGGAUCAGACAAUGAUGACCAUUCAUUUCAAUGCCAAUCUACGACCCGUCGUUGGAGACCGCGUCGGUAUGCUGUACUGGAUAAUGGACCCUAUAGCUGCGGGUUUUAUUAUUGGCUAUGAUCUCGAUGGUAUCCAGGUACACAUCAGCCAGGUGGACGUUGAAGAGCACCCGGUGGAGUCGUGGACAGAAGAUAUGUGCAGGGCGAAGAUCCGCGGUGCUAUCGGUAAAGAUGAUGUUCCAUUUGAUAUCCUGAGCUAUCGUCCUUGGGUUUUCCGCCGCCAGGUCGCUUUCACGUUUCAGGAGAGGAACAUUUUUCUGUGGGUUUUUGGCCGGGGAUGCUGCCCACUCAUUCCCCCAACUGGUGGACUAGGCUUGAAUUGUGGUCUUGCGGAUGUUCACAACUUGGCCUAUAAAAUUGCCUUGGUUCACCGGGGGGUGGCAACGCCAUCUAUACUUUCGACGUACACUGCCGAACGACGAGGUGUUGCUGAUUCAUAUUCCAAGCAGAGUGUUAAGAAUGGCAAGGAGAUAUUUGCAUUGUUGCAGAGUCUCAAGACCGCCGGUGUUGAAGAUGUUGCACAAGCGCGAAUGAACAUGAUGGCAGCAUUGGUGGAUCCAAUCCAACGCAAACGGGUUGAGGCAGGCAUUGAAGGACAAAGGGAGCAUUUUGAUAAUCUGGAGCUACAUAUUGGAUAUGUGUAUGGGGCUACCAAGCCACCUCCCCAUGCUUCCUAUUAUUCUCCCAAAUUUGUGCCCGGGGCGCGCUUGCCUCAUGCUUGGAUCCGCUUCCGUGAUCGGCUCUCCCAGGAGACAGAAGCAGUCAAACGCUCUGCACUGCCUAGAGAGCCGGUUGAUGUGUCAUAUAUCAAAGAGUUUGAUGCAGAUCAGGUUCGGGCUUGUCAGUGGAGUACCCUGGAUCUCUGUGGCCCUGACUCUUGGACCUUGAUUUUGGGGCAGGAGCAGCAAACUCCUCAGGUUACCCUUUUACAGAAGCACUGUAAGGUAAUUGGAGUACCUCUUAAUACCUGGUCUCUUGGAGUGGACUUUGAAAUCGUCAGACAGGGUUGGUUUGCUGAUGAAUUGGCCCACGGUGGAGGUAUUCUAGUUCGUCCUGAUCAGCACGUCUUCACGAGAGUUGCAUAUGGAGAAGACAUGAUUGCAGAGGUGAACAAACAUCUCGGGAUUUAA